AUGAGCAGAUCAGCAGCAGGUCAGAAGAAGGUAGACACCGCGCACUGCAAAGGGCUCCAGCUGCAGCCAAUAACGCCAGUGGAGCAGCAACGGAUCUCAGAUGAGCAGAACCCAAGAGACCACCAGCCACACAAACAGCUGACGUGCAGCAGGAGGAACAAAGACACACCUGGUAGCAGCCACCUGCCCAAAUAUAAAGGCAUCUGCCACGCACAUCAAUCAGUGGUGCGAUCUGAUCUGCACCUGGUGCACAGAGUGGGGAGGGUGGAACACCAUUUCACCACAUUCCCAAGGGGGCUGAUGACCGAAGAGCGCCGUGGUCGCCUGCCCGAGAAACGAACAUCCACCGUCUCUUCUUCCCGCCUCUCUUGUCUCGCCAUGGAGCUCGGUUCGGUGAUUUUAACCACCGGGGGCUCCGUGGGGGUUUUCAGGCUCGUGAACGCCGGGGUCGGUAUGCUCCCCGUGCCCGAGUCCGCGCGCAGGAAUGCGUGGAAAUGGAGGAACAUCUCCACAUCCUUCGUCCACAGUGUCAUCACGGCCUUCUGGGCAGUGCUGUGCUUUUUUGUUCAACCACAGAUGGCUGAGGAUCUGAUUGAAACCCACUCUGUGUUUUCUCACGCUUUGGUGUCAUUUUCAAUCGGUUACUUCAUCUAUGACUUCUUUGACAUGGUGUUCAACCAGAAGCUCAGUCAGUCCUGGGAGCUGCUCUUCCAUCACACUGUGGUCAUCACCUGUUUUGGCCUCUCCGUCGUCUCAUGUCGCUACAUCGGCUUCGCCGUGGUGGCCCUGUUGGUGGAGCUCAACUCCGUGUUCCUUCACUUCAGACAGAUCCUGCGCAUGGCCAACAUGGCGGCGAGCACGCUUCACCGCGUCAACAGCAUGAUCAACCUAGGCACGUACGUGGUCUUCCGGAUCAACACGCUGGCCUGGAUGACCCGCUGGCUGGUGCUCAACAGGGACAAUGUGCCUCUCCUGGCGUACACGCUGGGCAGCGUGGGAAUGGCCAUCAUGACAGCCAUGAACAUCAUCCUCUUCUGUCGGCUGCUCAGGAGCGACUUUUUAAAGAGCAGCAUGAGGGAGGCCAAGAAGGAGAAGGAGACGUAGAGCUCCUCGUUUACACCCUGCGGCUGAGACGUACUCCUGUGUGUAGAUGGACGUGUUCAUGUCUGCAGGUACACGCACCGUGUAAGAGGACUCAAACAGCCUCACUUUAAACUCCGAGCGCACGUCUUUUCUGUAAAACCUUCCUGUCAGCUGCAGGUGCAGAACAAUACGAGGCCUUUAACGACACCAUUCGCCUUAUUGUCCCGCUGGGUGAUAAAGUGAGGACACAUUCCUCAUACAAACCUUCUGCCUCCGCUUGAGCAGAAACAAAAAUCAAAUAUCUUCAGCUACAUCAUGAUACUUUAUUUUUUAUAAUGUGGUGUUAUUUUUAUUUACCGCCAAGCUAAACCUUUUUGUUGUGUGACACUCGCACUGCAGACACGUUUACAGCAAAAUCACCUCGACUAAAAACCGCCUGCUACCUCAGAUUCUGCUCCAGUUUUUUUUUUUUUUUUUUUUCUCAUUCCCAUUUUGCUGAUGGUAUUUGGCAUUUGGUUAGUUAAAACAAAUGUAAUAUAAAGUAAGCAGAGAAAACACUACAGGAGUAUAAAACCUUACUUUGAUCAAUUCUUUGAAGAAGGCUCUAAAUGAAGCAGAUUUUAAUUCACGAUCAGUUCAUGAAGGGCAUUCAUCUAACGAGUUAGAGCAAUUUUAUGGUUUGUUUUACAUAUUUAAACAAAAGACUUUAGGAUGAUAAAUUAGCUGUAGCAGGCUUAUUAUUAUAUAUGAUGACAAAGUUCAGUCCUACUUCCUGUACUUAUAAAAU